AUGUCUGACUCUUCUCGUGGGUCGGGUGCCCAGACCAGUGGCCCAGAGACUUCACUGGGACAAUCGCCAAGUUCCCCGUCCUCUGUGCCCUCUCCGUCCCCAAAUACAACGCCUAGUUCACCUUCACCGCCAUCAGCAUCAUCGCCCUCGCCCUCGCCGUCGUCCGAGUCGCCGCAGCCGCAGCCGCAGCCGCCUGCGACGACAUCGUCAAGUUCCUCCUCGCCGCCGCCAGCACCGGUACCUACCACUCCCUCAUCAUCGCCUUCUAGUACGCCUCAGCCAGAGACAUCAUCACCGUCUCCUACGCCUACUUCUGCGUCUUCGACGUCAAGCACCCCCCCGCCGGCACCAACAACUUCUACUCCCGAGCCUACGAUAUCCAGUUCAACGAUCGUAACUGUUACGCCUGCUUCAUCGACAACUACUAAAGUCGUCGUAAAUACGACAACGCCAACCGCGGGACCGUCGUCUACUUCGGCAAGUGUAUCGGGUAGUUCAACUGCUACGCCUAUCAACCCGGCCGGUGAUGGAAACAGUGGUGGUCUUAGCCAACCAGCCAAGGUUGCGAUUGGAGUAGUUGUACCUAUUGCUGCAAUUGCUUUGUUGGCGCUGGUGGGCUUGUUCUGGUGGCGAAAGAGGCGUGCUCGUCAGGAGUCUGAAGAGGAACGCCGCAAGGAGGUCGAGGACUACUCCUACAAUCCCAAUGCCGACCCUACAAUUCCAGCUGUCGGUCUGGGUACCGAUACUUACGAGAUGCGGGAUGAAGGCGGAUCGGGAUACCGUGGCUGGGGCUCAACUACUGCAGCAGGUUCCAUGGGCCGCAAAACUUCAACCACAAUGUCUGGUGGUAUGACUGCCGGCGCCUUCUCAGAUGGCGGCGGACAUACCCGUGGAAACCCUUCCGAAACCAAAACCGACCCUACCGUGGAUGGCUCCUCGUCUCCAGACGGCGAAAUUAUGGGCGCCAUGGGUCCUUCAGCCGCAAACAAUCGAGGUGGCGAUGUUCACCGUGGCCCAUCAAACGCUUCAUCUUCCUACAGCGCUACAGGUCGAUCUGAGGGCUCCGACGUCGGAAUCUACGCUAAUGGCGGUGGUUAUUAUGACCAGUAUGGCCAGAACCCCUAUGGGGACCAGAGGGCCCAGGAGCUUGGCGGCCAAGCUGUCAUUAGGGAUAACCCAGCGCGACGCAACACUCGUAUCGAGAAUCCGUCACAUUACCCUCAGCAAAGUGCUGGUAUUGCCCAAAACUUCUGA